AAUAUCUUGCUUAUCAAACUGAAAAAAUGUCUAUAUAUUUACAUGAAUACAUGUAUAUACUGAUAAGAUUGUCGUGUUAUGACUAAUAACCAGUUAGUGAUAGGAUUCUGCAUUUAUAUAGCGCUUUUAUUUCAGAAAGUGUCGUCGAUCUGUCGCGGAACUCAUUUUAGCAUUGAUCUAAUUAACAUUUAAUAAUAAACAGAAAAAUGGCUUCAGAACUUCCAUCUACACUAAAAAACUUAUUCAGUUACAUUGAUGAUCAUAAAAGAGAGUACAUAAAUAAUUUAAGUGAAGCAGUUGCUAUCAAAUCGGUCUCAGCAUGGCCAGAUCAUAGGAAUGAAAUAACUAAAAUGGUAAAAUGGGUAGAAAUCAGAUUGAAGAACCUUGGUGCUACUACAGAAUUAGCAGAUGCAGGAAUGCAAACUCUUCCUGAUGGAACUCAAAUUCCUUUGCCACCUAUUUUAUUAGGAACACUUGGCUCUGAUCCAAAGAAAAAAACUAUCCUUAUAUAUGGACAUUUAGAUGUUCAACCUGCAUUAAAAUCAGAUGGGUGGGACACAGAACCAUUUACUCUUGUAGAAAAAGAUGGAAAAUUAUUUGGUCGUGGAAGUACAGACGAUAAAGGUCCAGUAUUAUGUUGGAUACAUGCAUUACAAGCUUAUAAAGCUAUUGGCGCUGAUAUUCCUGUUAACCUUAAGUUUGUUUUCGAGGGUAUGGAAGAAAGUGGCAGUGAAGGUUUAGAUGAACUUCUUUGGGCACGUAAAGAUACAUUUUUACAAGGAGUUGAUUAUGUGUGCAUAUCUGACAACUAUUGGUUGGGCACCACAAAACCCUGUAUUACAUAUGGUUUAAGAGGUAUCUGUUACUUCAAUGUGGAAGUAACUUGUGCUGUAAAAGAUCUUCAUAGUGGUACAUUUGGUGGAACUGUACAUGAAGCAAUGGCAGACUUGGUUUACUUAUUAAAUACAUUGGUUGAUGUAAAUGGAAAAAUUUUAAUAGAUUCCAUUUAUGAAAAUGUUGCUAAACUUACAGAUCAAGAAUUAGAAAGUUAUAAAAAAAUAGACUUUGAUGUGACUGAAUUUAAACAGUCUAUUGGAACUAACAGAUUGGCUCAUAAUGAAGACAAAAUUCAACUUUUAAUGCAUCGGUGGAGACAGCCUAGUUUAUCCAUCCAUGGAAUUGAAGGUGCUUUUAGUGAUCCAGGUGCAAAGACUGUUAUUCCAAAGAAAGUUAUUGGUAAAUUUUCAAUUAGAAUAGUACCAAAUAUGACGCCUGAUGAAACUGUAGAAAAAGUAAAAACAUACUUAAACAAGAAGUGGGCUGUUAGAGGAAGUCCAAAUACAAUGAACGUCAUUAUGGGUCACAGCGGUAAAAGCUGGACUGAAAACCCUGAUCAUCCCCAUUAUUUGGCUGGUCGUAAAGCUACUAAACAUGUAUAUAAAGUAGAACCUGAUUUAUCACGCGAAGGUGGAUCAAUUCCAGUUACUUUAACAUUUCAAGAAGUGACAGGUAAAAAUGUACUGCUUUUACCAGUCGGUGCCGGUGAUGACGGAGCACAUUCUCAAAAUGAGAAAUUAAAUGUUCGUAACUAUAUUGAGGGAACCAAAUUGCUUGGAGCUUAUUUGUACGAGGUAGCUCAACUUUGUUAACAAGUUCAUGUGAUAAAUAUCUGUGUAAUCAAAAUGCUAUUGCAAAAAGUUAUUUUGCUUCGUAUAAUAUAUAAUGUUCAAGUAUAAUUGCAAGGUGUAGGGCCAGGUAAUAAAAAUGUUAUUUUAUAUUGUAAAUGUACUUUUUUUAAGUAAAUAUAAAACAUAUUUUUAAUAAACGA